CAGCGACGGGACGCCAUGUCGACCACGGCUUCAAAUUCCCGCUAGGCUCCGGUGGUGCCACUGCUGGUGAGGCAUCAGUAACCCGGGAGCGCGCCAGUCGGUGUCCACGAUCUCCAAUGGAGAAGACCAUCGUCCUGUACCCCGGCCUCGGCGUGGGCCACUUCAACCCCAUGAUGCAGCUCGCCGCCGCGCUCCUGGACCACGGCUACGCCGUCUCCGUCGCGCUCAUCGGCCACGACUCCCUGGCCGCCGCCGUCCGCCGGGUCGCCUCCUCCAUGCCGUCCGUCCGGAUCCACGCGCUCCCGCCCGUCCAGGACCAGCCCGCCUUGGCGCUCGACGGGCCGUCGUCGCUCCUCCUCUCGUACCUCCGCCUCCUGGACCGCUACAACGGCCGGCUCCACGACCUGCUCUGCUCCGCCCGCCGCGCCCAUGCCGUGAUCUUCGACUCGCUAUCGGUCGGAGCGCUGGGCGUCGCCGAGGAGCUCGGUAUCCCCGCCUACGUCUUCUAUACCUCCUGCGCGUCCACCCUCCUCGCCUCCAUACAGCUUCACUCCGUCCUCGGUGAUGGCGAGAGCCGUCGGAAAGGCUUUAGGGAGAUAGGAGAUAGCCCCGUCGAGUUCUUCGGCCUCCCGCCCGUGCCGGCUUCGCACCUGCUCGCCGAGCUGCUCGAGGACCCGGAGAGCGACGCGUACAAGGCGACGAUGGCCGCCAUGUACCGGAUCCCGGAGGCCAGCGGCAUCCUGGUGAACACUUUCGAGUCGCUGGAGGCUCGGGCUGUGGCGGCUCUCAGGGACCCUCGGUGUCUCCCCGGACGGGUCUUGCCUCCGGUGUACUGCGUCGGGCCUCUCAUCGGGAGCACGGCCGACGGCGAGGCAACUUCACCGAGGCACGAGUGCCUUGCGUGGCUCGACGGGCAACCCGACCGCAGCGUCGUGUUCCUCUGCUCCGGGAGCAUGACGAGCUGGGGACUCCAGUCGGAGGAGCAGCUCAGGGAGAUCGCCGUCGGCCUGGACAACUCCGGCCACCGGUUCCUCUGGGUCGUGCGAGCCCCCGGCGGCGACGGCGUCCCAGAUCUCAGCGCGCUCCUGCCGGACGGGUUCUUGGAGCGCACGGACGGUCGCGGCCUCGUCAUCAAGCUGUGGGCGCCGCAGGUCGACGUGCUCCGCCACAGGGCCACCGGCGCGUUCGUGACGCACUGCGGGUGGAACUCGGCGCUGGAGGGCGUCACGGCCGGCGUGCCGAUGCUUUGUUGGCCGAUGUAUGCGGAACAGAGGAUGAAUAAGCUCUUCAUGGUUGAGGAGAUGAGGGUCGCCGUGGAGAUGGUGGGGUGGCAGCAGGGGCUCGUCAAAGCCGGCGAGGUGGAGGGCAAGGUAAGGAUGAUCAUGGAGGCUGAGGAGGGCAGGGAACUAAGGGCGCGAGCGGCGGCGCAAAAGGAAAGCGCCGCUGUGGCGUGGAACGACGGCGGCUCGGGGCGCGCGGCGCUUGCCCAGUUCCUGGCGGAAGUGGACAGCCGACAGCCGCUGGCUCGCGACGGGGAAGCUAUCGAUGGUGAGCUUUGGCAACCAGUGUGACGCACGCUCUUGCGGAUGCGGUUCCGGUGAUCGACCACUUUAGCUGAUUUCAGUCUGCUGAUUUUUAGUUUUGUGGUCAGUUGAUUUUCUGGCCGUUGAAUUGUGCUUUAAGAUUUGUGCAGUAUUUUUUUUUGCCACGCUUUUGCUGCUCGUACUAGGCAUCUAUUUGGGUCAGUCGAUUUUCUUCUUGAGCUGUAUUUUGGUGUGUGCAUGCUUUUCUCCAUGGGCUUGCUUUUGUUUUCUGCAUGUGUAAGCUUUUAUUUUUCUAUUUUUCAGUUGAUUGUUUUUCUUUACGUGUAUUUCCGGAUGUUGAGUGUGUGUAAAUGUAUACAUAUAAGUGCUACAUGUACAAAUUACAUUAUUGUAUGGAAACUUCACUCUUAUAUAUUUAUUCUA